UUAUACACAGGCAUUGCCACCUUACACUAAUACACUGGUCACCGUUGGCAAGUAUUUCAAACAUGAUUCCCAAGUAAUAUGCAUUUUGCAUUGAACUCCUAUGAAGAGGGAUCUCGGGGACACCCCUGGGUGUGCAGUGCCACCCUUCAGGCACCGUUACCGCAGCAGCGGUGGUGUGAUCAUGUGACGUCUGCAUUUCCAACACAACAAUACAACCCGCAUCGGUCUGCAUCCCCUCCACGGCUCGCUCUCGGUAUGGCGGACGGUGAGAGGUCUCCGUUACUAUCAGAUCUAGGAGAUGGCACGCUUGGCAGCGGCAACGGCGGAGUGUCUCCCGGUGCAACGCCCUAUGGAGUGCCCAGCAAACCACAGAGCUUUCCUCCGUUCCCCAGCCCAACUCAGCCCUCAGUGCUUCUAGGAGAGGACCCUCCACCCUACUCCCCUCUCACCUCUCCGGAGAGUGGCAGUGCCCCUGUUAUCACCUGCAGGGUGUGUCAGAGCCUGAUUUCUGUGGAGGGCAAGAUCCACCAACACGUUGUGAAGUGUGGGGUCUGCAAUGAAGCUACACCCAUUAAGAACGCCCCGGCAGGGAAGAAGUACGUUCGCUGCCCCUGCAACUGUCUGCUCAUCUGCAAAGUCACUUCCCAGAGGAUUGCCUGUCCCCGGCCAUAUUGUAAGAGGAUAAUUAAUCUGGGUCCAGUUCAUCCUGGUCCGGCCAGCCCGGACCCCCAGCCAUCCGGAGCCCGUGUCUCCUGUGGACACUGCAGCAACACCUUCCUGUGGACAGAGUUCACAGACCGGACGUUGGCCAGGUGCCCACACUGCAGGAAAGUNNNCUCCAUUGGACAGAGGUAUCCCCGGAGGCGGAGCUUGUGGUGUUUUCUACUCUGCUUGCUAUUCAGCAUUUCCACUGCAGGACUGAUGGCUGCAACAUGGGUGAAGGCUCAGACCUACCAGGGGAUCUACGCCUCGUGGGCUGUGCUGUUGCUCCUGGUUUUUGUCACCCUGGCUCGGGCCUUCUACUGGGCCUGCAUGAGGGUCAGCCAGCCUCUCCAGAGCUUCACAUAGAGCCUUCCUCCAACUUUGAGAGGAGGGGGGAAAGAUGGCUUAAAAACACAAAAAAGCUGAAUAUUUAUUUAAACCCAGCUCCACAAAAAAACAUUCUCCUCCUCCUCCUGUUUCCCUCCCGUUUAGUCAGAUGUUUCUACAACUGGAUGGCGGUAGCUGCGACUGCUGUGUAUCUAUCGGUAAUUAUGAUGAUGCGUAUAGCCUAACGUACUGUUUAACUAUUCUAAUCUUGUGGCCAGUAUGGGGUUCAUUUUAACAUUUUUUUAACACUUUUUCUUCUUCUCUUCCCCCGGUGCCAUUUCUAAAUUUUGGCUUGAGUCUGAGGCACAUCUGCACUUCUACGAUGAGGGCUGAAAGUGAAGUCUUAGAUGUGAUUAUCUUUCUUGUUUUUUGUUGGGGAGCUCUCCCUUUCCAGAUCCUAGUUUGACAUUAGGCUUCAUAUUCCAGCAUUUAAUAUUUUUGAAACAAAUUAUUCUGUGAAAGCGGUGAUGAAGUCAGAUGACGCUAACAAAUCAAUGCCAGUAGAAGAAGAGUGGCUGGAGGGACAGCAGCCUCCGUUUGUGAAUCAAAA